UUAAUGCGCAAAUUUUUUUUUCUUGUAUCUUGGUUUUGAGCCCAACCCUGUGUGGAAACGGGGACAGAAUAUUUCCACUGCAGGUGCGUACUGCAUGCGGUAAGAGUCCGCUAAACAAAGGCACUCUUUCACUUCUCUUACACCUUGUGUGUAUGCGGAAAAUACUUGCCAAUUAUGACGGUUAUUUUUUUUCUCAAUUUUUGACUUUGAUUAUUUGAGUUAUAAUUGACGCGAAUUUGUUUGGCACAACACAUACCAGGAGGCCUUUAGAUACAGGUUUUUGUUUUCUGAAGCAACGAUGGGCUCACUUCCAUGACGGAACAUUUUCCUUUUGCAAAUUUUUUGGCGGUCAUUUCUCGGGGAUGAUUUAAUCUAGUAGUAGGGUCCGAAAUCCACUGAACGAGAGUGAUCAAAAUUUUAACCGAUGGAGUUCCACUUUGGCCUAUCCGAGUAUGCUAAAGUCGACCGUCUGCCGCCUCAGGUCAUAUUACUGAAAAUAUGUAUGCAGAACAUUUUUUAUAUUGAAUGCCCUUUUUAAUUUUGCUCUCUGCAUAUUGUUUUAAAAAUGCAUUUUUGGAUAUACGAAAAACCGUUUUUGGCGGCCAUUUUGGCAAGAUGGCGGCCCCGGCCGUAGAUUUUAAAGUAUGCGUUUAGUUCCCAAAUCUGUAAACUUGCAAAACUUCUCGAGUAAUUUUUAAGUAAACCCUCCUUUUGUUCCCUGGCCUAAUAUGAGACCACUUCGAGAAACAGUCAUAAAUGUGUUUGUGGAAACAGUUGAUUUUUUUGAACGCACCCAGUAUAUAUUGGCAACGUCGCGAAUGCACAAUGUUUGUAUUCUAACCUAAGUUUUUGUCUGCCACAAGUUCCAUCAACAAAAUACCCAGUUUGAAUUCUGUGAUACUAAAAAAAUGUUUUGUAACGCUCGCUGUUCAUCUACUUAUGCAUUUAAACUCAUAAACAUUACAUACAAACGUACUGUUGCAUCAGUCGCUUUGAAGCGAAAUAAUAAAGAAGAUUUAGUCAUAAGAUGCAAGCGUAAAGAGUAUAACUACUAUAUGGGGCAAAGGUAUAGCAAACUGGACGACGUACCUUUGGCCUCAAAGGGAUGGACUCAUAAUAAAUCCAAAGGAGAUUAUUUCUACGUAUAUCCUCAGUCCCCCUUAAGCGAAGGCGACAGGUUUCAAUUAUCAGAUUUGCACCUUCAGGAUAGUGUAACUCAACGUUUACAGAAGGACGGCAUUGAAACGUUGACUUCUUUUCAAAAUGAGGCAUUCGGUACAAUAUGCAAGGGACAUCAUAGUAUUCUAACUGCAGAAUCUGGGUGCGGGAAAACAUUAGCCUAUUUAUUGCCGAUUAUUCACAACAUAAUUGGUGAGAAAUCGUCCAGUAUGAAUUCUCCUAGAGCAUUAAUUUUGGUUCCUGGCCGAGAACUAGCACAUCAAAUCGCGUCGGUUGCCGAAAAGUUGGUCGGGGAAACAAAUUUGAAAGUGAAAGUGGUUGUUGGCGGACGCACGAAAAGAGCGAUGUUAAAUCCCGAAUUUUCCGAAGUGGACAUACUGAUAGGAACCCCAGGGGCAUUGGGAAAACUGACCGGUGUCGGUAUAUAUAAACUCAAUCAGCUAUCAUACGCCGUGUUUGAUGAAGCGGAUACCUUAAUUGACGAUAGUUUUAUAGAACGAUUGUCUAGCAUAGUCAAACGAGUAGGUACCUCGCAAAUUAUUCUGGUAUCCGCAACAAUGCCCACGAAUAUUCCUUCGAUUUUACAACCUUAUAACAACAGUUUUGUAAAUGUAACUUCUCCUUUUUUACAUAGGCCCUUAAACCACCUCACACAACAAUUUUUACGAUUGGGACGUUCAAUCAAGCCGCAGCAGCUGUUACAAAUCAUUAAAAAAAAUCGCGACCCUUUACUCAUUUUUACAAACCGCAACGAGACGUGCAAUUGGGUUUCGUAUUUCUUAAAGGAAAAUGGCGUUUCUGCUUCUAGAGUCAAUGGCGAUAUGAACUACGAGGAACGGAUAGUUCAAUGGAACGAAUUUCAAUCUCAAAAUAAUCGCAUUUUGGUAGCUACCGACCUUUGCUCUCGAGGGCUACAUUUGCCGCACGUAAAGCAUGUUGUUAACUACGACUUUCCGUUGUAUGUGGCCGAUUAUUUGCAUCGUAUAGGAAGAACGGGCCGUUUUGGUCAGGAAUCGUGUAAAGUUACCAAUUUUGUCGCCGGCGAUGAAGAAGUGAAAAUUGUACAAAAAAUAGAGCUAGCAAUACGCAGGAAUGAGGCAAUACAGAAUGUCGAUGGUAACAUUACAAGAAUUUUACAAAGGAAAUUGUUACGCAAAAGUACCAAUGAAGAUAGUUUUAUGUAAUUUAUUUUUUAAAGUAAAAAACUUAAUUUAU